CCAGAAAGGCCAAUCCCCACCACUAAUCUACAAUUACAAAACUUGUAAACUUCGUUCGCUCACUCUCUCCUGCGAUUUGUGAAAGUGCCGAUCAGGCUUUCUUUUGCCAUACGGCUCUCAUAGCUUUGACUGUCCAAUUUCUGGAAUAUGACUCGCGGUAACCAGAGGGAAACCGAUCGCCAGAGAGCUGCGGCUCGGAACGGUAAGAAGCUCGGGAAAGUGAAAGACGAUGGAUUGACACCUGAGCAGCGUCGUGAAAGGGAUGCAAAAGCGCUUCAAGAAAAGGCUGCUAAAAAAGCAGCAAAUGCUGCAGGAGCCAAUUAUAUCGAUAAGGAUGCAAAAUCGUAUCAAGAAAAGGUUGCCAAGAAGAUAGCUCAGGCUGCAGCAGGCGGUGGCAACGGAGGUAAAACUAACAAGAAAUGAGAAUCAAUAUCAUUAGCCUCUUUUGUGAUUUGUCAUUUGUGAUGGUUGUAUUUGGGAGAUUAAAGUAAUCAAGUUUGAUCUUGUACUGGUACUUGCAUUGGAUGUUAUUUUAAAGAUCUUAACAACUCAUUGAUUCCA